CUUUCUGUAACUUAGCAACAUUAUCAAGAUAUUUCGUUCAACAGUAACGAGCAAUAAUGAUAUGCGAUCGGUAUUAUGUUAGAAUAAUUCAUUCUUCCUAAGUCGAACAUUUAUAUCCAAAUAAUCAAAUUUUUUUUUCGAUGAAAAUGGAUAAAUUAAGAGCAUUAUAUAAAAAACUUAAUUUUGUAAAUAACGAAUAAAAAGAGUUAAAUAUUUUAGAGAAAAUAUUUAACGGCGACAAUUUAACGAAUUCUUUAUUUCGAUCAAAUGCAAAAUCUGAUGUCGAAUUUUAUUUAUGUGAGCUUAUCUGCUACAGAUUCUAUAUUUGUGAUAAAGACUACGAAUGCCGCUGUUAUCAAGCACUCGAUCCCUAACUGGAUCAUAAUGUAACCUAUAGAUCUCGCAAUGCGCAUGCGUUUAUAUUUACGGCCAAAGCCACAGAUUGGAAGGCUCAUUUCAGUCAAAGUUUCGAAUGUUAUUCAAGCACGUGUUUAUCGUAUUUGUACUUCCAUUCUUAUCGUGUAUAUAAAUAUAGUAUUCAUAAAACUUAAAAAUGACGCUUGAAUCCGUAGAAAAAAAACAAGAUUAUAUGAGCAAUUUAAAGGAUGGAUUCAUCGAUUUUGUCGCUGGUUCACUUGGUGGAAUAGCAUUAGUAUAUGUCGGUCAACCAUUGGAUACAGUGAAAGUAAAAAUGCAAACGUUUCCAUCUAUAUAUAAAGGAAUGAUAAACUGCUUUGUAAAAACAGUAAAAACAGAUGGAAUAAUAAGAGGUUUGUACGCAGGAACUGUGCCUGCUGUUGUAGCUAAUGUAGCUGAAAAUUCAGUAUUAUUCACUGCUUACGGUGGAUGUCAAAAAGUUGUUUCCAAGAUAUUAGGUAUAGAAAAAGUUGAAGAUCUUAGUUCACUAGGCAAUGCAUGUGCUGGAUUUUUUGCUGCAUUCUUUUCUUCAUUGACAUUAUGCCCAACAGAACUUAUAAAGUGUAAAUUACAAGCAAUGCAUGAAAUGCAAAAUCAAAUGAAUACAACGAACAAAAUUACGACACGAAUAGGACCAUGGGAGUUGACAAGAAAUAUUCUUAGAGAACAAGGUAUAAGAGGUUUAUUUAUGGGACUAACGUCGACCAUAGUCAGAGAAAUGCCAGGCUAUUUCUUCUUUUUUGGUGGAUAUGAAGUUACAAGAGAGCUUUUAGCAAAACCAAAUCAAAAGAGAGAUGAUAUUGGUUGGCAGAAAACAAUGAUAGCUGGUGCUGUGGGUGGUACGGUUCUCUGGCUUGUAAUUUUUCCAGCAGAUGUAGUUAAAAGUAGAAUACAAGUACAAAAUCUAAAAACACCUGCUUUAGUGGUCAUGAAAGAUAUUAUAGAACAGGAAGGAAUUGGGGCAUUGUACAAUGGUUUAAAACCAACUUUAAUAAGAACAAUACCAGCGACUGCAAUGUUAUUUAUAACUUACGAAUAUAGUAAAAAAUUAAUACACGGAUUUGUUAAUAAUUAACUUUCUUUUAUAUCAUUCCUAUUUGUUGAUGUAUAUAUGUAUUACUAUAUUAAGAUAUAAAAAAGGACAAAUGAAGAAUAAUGAUAAUAUACAGAGUGUACUAUUUAAUUACUUAAUGCUUUUAUGCAUUGGGAAAAAUGUCUUAGGCAGAAAUUGUUUUAAUUGAAUUAACAUAUUUUAUAAAUGGUGAAAAUCUUUUUUAUAGUCAAUUUUAUUGUCUAAAAUAUUUAGUCAAAAUUAGUGGUAAUCAUUUAGUAGAGGCUUAUAUAAAAUAUGUAUAUAGUACCAAAUUUCGAAAGCUUUGUAAUUUACAGAAAAUCUAUGAUGCAAAGUAAUAUUAGUAUAGAUAAAUAAAAUCGUUAGAAAAUACUGGAUUGAAAUUUUUUAAAAUGUCAAUAAUACAGAAAUGAAAUAUCAUGGUCUUGAAAUCAUAUCUUUUUGGAAAAAAUAGGUGGUUAUUUGUUUUUAUUUCAAAGAAUUAAAUUUAUUCUGUUUGAAGUUUUUUACUAUCUAUUAAUGUAAAAUACUUUCUAUAAUU